UUCAACUUUUUCAUUAUUAAUAUAGCUAUCAAUGUCUAAGAGACAUCCACAAGCAUACACCCUUAAAGAUGCCCUAAGAGUUCAAAACCAUUAUAAAUAUGACUAGUUUUGUUAAAACGGGCCUAAAUUUAUAGGGUUGGCCCGGCUCGUCUUUAUAUUUUUGGGUUAAGGCCCUGUUUUUUUUUUUUUUUAAUAUUUCGAGUUAAAAACGAGCCGGACUAUACAAUAUUAACGGGCUCAAAACGAGCUAGCCCAAAAUAUUUUUAUUAACUCAAACUUUAAAACGUCAUCGUUUUGAGAUAGGUUUUCCAAACUCAAAUCUCAAUUUUCUCUUCUUCUCAAUCGACGAAGCCAGUCACAAACUCACAAAAUUUUGGGCAAUAGUAGACUAAAUCUUCAUCUCCCAGGAGAAAGAGAGAGAAGCAGUUUUGGUAUACAAAGUUGCAUAGUGGAUUCAGCUCCUGUUGAAUACUCUCCAGCUUCUCUCUACUCUCCAGCUCUGGCCUAGCCGUACAGUGAUGUUUAAUGACAGCUGAAGAAUAGAGAAAGGUUAUGGAUUCAGAUGCAUGGGAAAUUAUCCAUAUACCUGAAAAGCCUGCAUUGUCACCUGACCAUCAGCCCACUGUGAAGGUGUUUGCGAGUGUAAUCAAACCCAAAUUUGCUAAUACGAUAGUGAGGCAUUUAUGUAAGAUUGCUCCUCUGGAAGAUCUUCGCCAUGUUAAAAGGGUGAAGAAGAAGAUUCUUCCAGAUCAUGGUGAACCUCAGUUGACUGUCAUCUUAUGUCUAGCACCUGAGCACCACGAUCAUUUGAAUGAUUUGCCACCUGAUGUACAGAAACUCGUUGAUCCCUAUGAGUUGAAUCCUUUUAUUACAGAAGUAUGCAAAUAUGCUGCGGUGUCCAAAGAAGAGUGGGAAAAACAAAGUAAGAUAUGGCCAACUUCAUUUCACCCCCCAACCUACAAUAUAGAAGGCAUCGGUGGGUUCAGCGAAGAGGACACACAAUCAAUCUGCAAAUUCAUGAGAAUUGUUAUUGAUAUGGCAGUAUCUGGUCAUAAACCACUUGUAAAUGCUGCAGUGAUAGUUGAUCCCUCAGUUAGGCGAAUAAUAGCAAGUGAAACUGAUCAAGUAUAUGCAUCAUCUGCUCCUCACGACAAGACUAGAGCAGAGACCAGGCCAUUCAAGGAAACAGGGAAAAUAUGCUUAAAUGACACACUUGGAAAAAAGAAUGGUUCAUUGUCUGCUGUUGCUUGUCUGAAUCCUUGGCAAUGGAGUUUGCAGCCACAUGACACUGAAAAUUGUAGCCAGUGGCAUCCUCUAAGGCAUGCUUCCAUGGUUGCCAUUGAAUCUUCUUCUGCCAGAGAUAGACAUCUGUUUCCCAAUCCAUCCGAGUUUUUUGAUCAGGAUCAUGUUCAUCCCUCAAAUACGGAUUCUCCGGCUAAAAAGCAGAAAACAAGCAGUCAGGGUCCAGACGUCCAAAUUGACAACAGAGAAGAGGUUCUUGGAAAUCUGUCAAUGGAAAGGCCGUACCUCUGCACUGGUUGUGACAUUUUCCUCCUGUUGGAGCCUUGUACAAUGUGUGCUAUGGCGCUUGUGCAUCAAAGAAUAAAACGGAUUUUCUAUGCGUUUCCAAACCUCACAGCAGGCGGUCUCGGGAGUGUUCAUAGACUUCAAGGGGCAAAGAGUUUGAACCAUCAUUAUGCAGUGUUCAGAGUUUCCUGAUCACACCCUUAGCCAAUUGACCAGGGUCUAAUGCAUUGUUGUAGUCGAGUGAUAAUUGUAGUUGAGUGAUAAUUGUAUUACACGUUCUGAGUAAUUGUUUUUUCCAAGAAUCCGAAAUCUUAUUGAGUUAUUACGUAGACCAAGAUCUUAGAAUUGUGUUACUGUGUAGCAGGGGCUCAGUACUGUGUAGUCAGAAACUUGUGUUUAAGUGAAACAACAUAAAGAAAGAUCUA